AUGGAGGUUAACUUUGAAGUUCCUAAAGUUGAUGUGGAGGCUAACAUUGAAGUUCCUAAAGUUGAUGUGGAAGCUAACAUUGAAGUACCUGAAGUACAGGAUAACAUUGAAGUUCCCUUACUUCAAGAUAACAUUAAAGAAGAGGUUCAAGAUGAAGUGGAACAUGAAAUUCAAGUUAACAUUCAAGAAGAGGUUCAAGAUGAUGCUAAACAAAAAAUUCAAGACAAUGUAGAAAUUCAAGUUAGGAAGAGGAUAAGAAAAACUUUAGAAAGAAUUACAAAGAUUAUGCUAAGGAAGAACAUAGGGAGGAAAGAGGGAAACAGUAAUGAAGAUAAUUUCGUUUUCCAAAUUUCCAAUCUUCAAUGUUAG